AUGCUGUACGUUGCACAUGCCUACGAGGCUUCUGCCGUCCUUCAGACGCUGGCUCUGCCCUCGUUCCUGCCCACUGGACCGUGUCUGGCAAUGAUCAGACAGUCUACGAUCGAAUUCCUCUCUCUGGCAACCGACAAUGCGACCAGUUCGGCAUCGGUCGAACUGCUCGAUACGGUGAAGAAGGUCACGAUCAACGCCCGUAUACUAGCCGCUCAACCCAUCACAGACCCUAGUUUGACCGGUGCAGCAAAGCAAUCGCUGCUCAUCCUCACCGACCACUAUCAACCUAGGCUUAUCAAUGUCGCAGCCUCGACCAACCCCGGCAAUGGUGAGCUCGUCAUUGAAACCACGGCGACACUGGCCCUCGAUGAAGUCGCUCGCUCUCCGACAGAGUCGGCACUCGGCAUAUGGUCCGAACCCUUCUUGUCUGGAACGCCUUCGUUUGGACAGAGAAUCGCUCUGAUGCACGUCUACAAAGGCGUUGCCAGAGUGGUUCCUCUCUCAGGCUCUCUGGCUUCAUCUCGCUCACAAGAUGUGGGCGAUCAAGACGAAUUUAUGCAAGAUGUUUCGACCAACCCUACGCUCAGUCGAGGCGUUCAAUUUUCGCAGUCCUUCAGCAUCCGUCUGCCGCACCCGAAUCUUUUGUCCUGUGCUGUGCUCAGCCCUUCUUCACAGGACUCUGUUCCUGCCAUUGCGCUGCUGUCUCAAUCCAGCAUCCCCAGCGAAAUUCCCGGCCUGGGCGAGCUCUGCCUUCCUGUGCUGUCCUUCCACUCUGUCCACGUUGCCGAUCAGGAGCUUUCACCUCUGCCAUGGGGUACCCCACGUAAGCCUCCUCGACGCAGCGAUGACACCGGAAAUGAUGACAAACGCUUUCAACCUCAAGAUUCUGCCGCCGCCACCCAGAUAAGCCGCGACCUCAAGACUGCCAAGAAAGAUGACAAAGAAGCCACACGUAAAAAGCAUGGACCUGCAGCUAUGGGCGCGAAAUUGACUCCCCAGGACCUGCAAAAUCGAGAAGAGAAGUUGGCAAAAUCAGGCCUCGCUCAAUGUCACGUCCCACUGCCUACGGCCGACGCUACUGGUGCACACUUCGUCCACGCACUACCUGCUCACGUUGGUGGGGGCGUUCUCAUCUUUUCCGAAAACAGCAUUCUGUAUGUACCUCCGCCCUCAAACCCUCCCGCCUCCACAAUCCAUGGCAAGGACACUGGGACGACGGCAUCAGAACGAUUGGACGCUAAAGGCAAAAGACGCAAAGCGAGCGAAGGUAGCAUCGUUGAGACCUGCAGACGAUCUUCCGGCGUCAGCCAGGUAAAGCCAGCGCCGAUCAAGGCGCCAGCAGCGGCCACUGCCACCACUUUGCCGUCAUCCAAUGAGAAUGGCAAACGAAGGCGCUCCUCAGUCAACUUGUCCUCAACCGGCGCAGACUCGCCCGACAAGUCUGCAGACUCGUCUCCAUCCCGACCCAGGCUUCUUCGCGUAAGCCUUCCACAUCCAGUACAAGUUGUAUCGGUCGUUGACAUGGCUGACGCAGAUGCGGACGCCUUUUCGGUGCUCUUUGCCUGCAAUUCUGGUGCUCUCAACGUGCUGCGACUCGGUAUGCCUGACCACUCUCAACACGUCGCCUCUCAAUUACCACAGCCCAGAUCACUCAGAGUAGAGGCUCUUGGCACCACAUCUCAGCCUGCCGGCCCUCAAGCACUGUCUUAUCUCGGUCAAGGCCUCGUUUGCGUUGGCAGCGCUACGGGUGACAAUUGUCUCUACCGCAUCAUCGGGCAGAACGCAUCGCAGAAAAUGCCAGCAUCAUCGAGCGAACAAGUCCUGACCCCGCCAUCUUCGCCGACACAAUCUAGAAGUAUGUUAUCACACGCCGCCAGCUCCUCUCGUGAUCAUUCUGAGCUCUCUACGGGAGGCUCCCUCGUUAACCUCGAAACUUGGCAGAAUCUCGGUCCCGUGGUGGAUUUCGUGGUCGAUGAUGGCGCGGGCGGCGAUCCCACCUACGCAUCCAGCGCGCAAGCUAGGAUCGUCACGUGCAGCGGACUCGGUCCCACUGGCAGCGUCCGCGAGGCUCGAAGCGGCGCCUCUGUUCGAGAUAUUGCAUCGCUGCCCAUUCCUAACGCCGAACAAAUUUGGUCCGUCGAUGCAGGAGUUGACGAUGCGUCCAAGUUAACGAUUGGCCUGCUGGUCGGCUUCGCCACCUCAACUGCCUACCUGCACUUCAAUGCAGAUGGUGACCUUACCGACGCGACCGAUCAACUUGUUGCGGCGGGUGCUAAUGUAUCACUGCCGACAAUUGCAGCAACCACUGUCUUGUUUCACGAUCGCAGUCCGCAACUGCUUCGCGUCGAUCGUACCGGGGCCUCGCUGUUUAGCGUACAAGAUGCAAGCAUCUCCAUCUUGGACCAGUGGAGGCCUCCCAAUGAACUUGAGGUGACAUCCGCUAGCGUCAAUUCGGUGGGCCAAGCGAUCCUCGCGCUGAGCGACAAGAGCUUGCUAUACCUGACUGAUGAAGAUGGGGCGCUUAUUGAGCGCAACAAAAAAAUGCUGGAAGAUGAGGUCUCAUGCGUGGACAUCAGUCCGUUGAUCGCAGGCAAAGCAGCCCAACUGGUGGCAUGCGGCUUCUGGGGACGCGAUGUGUUCGAUUUUUACAAUUUGCCCGACCUUGAAGUCGUUCCGAGGGGGUUUGCGGCGGAAUUCUCAUCGGUGCCACGAUCUAUCUUGCUGCAUCGUUUCGAGAGUAGCCAGCCGGAAAAGGCCUCGGAUGCCGAAUUCGAAUUUUGGGGAUUCAACCCAAAUCCCCUUGACGCAUACUUGCUCAUUGGUCUAGGAGACGGCACGCUUGUUUCAUUCAGACUAGGGGGCAUUGUAGCAGACGGCAACGCGUACGUACCGGUCUCGUUAUACGAUGCGAAGACCAUCACACUCGGGACACAAGCACUCAAGCUUGACGCCAUCAAGACUUCGACUGGUGCUCGUGUUGUGGCCAUCUCUGGCAGUCGUCCGACCCUUGUGUACCACGACUCGAAACGCUUCUCAUACAGUGCGCUCAAGUACAAAGAUCCGCGCAGCGUCGCUACCGUGUGCGCUGGUCCUGGCCGAGUCUUCGCCGUUGUUGUCUUGACGGAUUCGCUUGAGCUGACUUCGAUCAGCGCGUUGGGACAGCGAGACAUCCGCACUUUCCCUCUUGGCUUGAACCAACCCCUCGCCAUAGCUCAGUGGGCUGACCGAAAGGUCUUCGCCGUCUGCACGUGGACGUUCCUGCCUCGUGGCAGCGCUUCUAAGCAAGAGGGUUCACGGGGUGCUGUACGUAUCCUCGACCAUACCACAUUCGAGUUGUUGGAUGAGAUACGCCUAGAGCCGGACGAGCGACCGAAUUGCAUCACGCUGUUGGACCUGCCAGGACACAAGAUGCUCGUUGUCGGGACUGGCUACGUCUCGAAGCAAUCGAGUGAAACAGUGCGCGGUCGGCUUGUCGCCUUUGACGUUUCUACCGGAUCUUCCCGCACAAAGGAAGAGCGAGGAAGGCUUCGCCAGCUUUUCGAGUGCAGCGAAAAUGGCAACGUGUACCAAGUGCAGUCGACUCGUUACCAUCUCUGUGCGGCGGUUAAUUCCGAGAUCAAGACCUACAGUAUCACUAACUGCAAGGACAUGUCCGAUAAGCGUCCAAGUGGAGGGCCACGUCGUCCCUACGAGGUGCGACAGGAAGGCAGCUGGGCUUGCUCAUUCAUUGCCUGCAACCUCUCGGCCAUCGAGCCCGAUCGCCUGGUUGUUGGAGACGCGCUUCGAUCCAUGAACGUCCUCAACGUUGAUCGCUAUACAGGCAGGCUCACCGAGAUUGCUAGGGAUUGCGAUCCUUCCUGGACAAGCGCUACCGAGCUGCUAGACUCAGAAACCCAGACCUACAUUGGCGCCGACAUCAGCUUCAAUCUGUACACGACACAGAGAAUGCCGAUGAGCGAAGAGGUCAGGACCUCAAUUCGCCGCGCCCGGGAGCGCGAGACGGAGCGUUCGGUGAGCUUGGCUUACCCACGGACCCUUCGAGAUACAGACGAUUGCUACGCACAUGUAAUGCAGCGCAAGGCUGUCUGGCACUACGGAGAUAUGAUUAACAAGUUCCGCCAGACAUCGCUCGUCUCUGAUCCGGGCCCCGACGCAGCAGUGCGGCCAAAAUUGGUAUUCUGUACAGCCGCUGGCGCCAUCGGUGUCAUUGCUCAUGUUCGGGACGACGAAGCACAGAUUCUGGCAAAGGUGGAACGCAACAUUCUAUCUCUCAUCGAGUCGCCAACAGAGGCAGCUUCGGCCGGCGUCAUCGGUAACAUUGCUCAUUCUGACUGGCGUACGCUUCGUACUGAUCACAGAGUUCAGGCGCCUGCUGGCUUCCUCGAUGCAGACGUUUUGCAGAUGUUUUUGGAUGGUAGAUUGGACCAUAACCAACGAUAUCGGGUGGUGCAUGGACCCAAUUCUGAAGCGGAAGCGCUCGGAGUGCGGAGUGAGGUUGUUGAGCAGCUGAUCGAGAAGCUCAGUCAAGUCUGUUGA